CACACCCCAGUGUCGCGCCCGCGCCCCGCCGCCGCCGAACCCUUGCUCCGCGUCGCCCUCCCCGCCCCCUUCCCCGCCGCCGGCGGCCGCGGUCGCGAGAGUCGCGGCAGGGUGCGCGAGGAGGGCGAGGUCUCCCCCGGCCCCUCCAACUACUAGGCCCUGCAAUCUCAGCUGUUACCUCUAUCUAUACUGGGAAGUAUGGGCAGGCAUGAUGAAGAGCAAAAGAGGAUGUUCAAGAAAAGGGAUUUGGCUGAGAAGAAAGCGAGUGAAACAGCAAAGAAAAACAGGCCUAAUCAGGAUAGCUAUGAAAAAAUUAUCAUCCAUCGCCUAAGCAUUGAUGCCACAUCUGAUGAAAUAUUGGGGUACUACCGAAGUGUCCGCGCGACAUUUUCAACUGUCUCAUCUUUUGUUGUUCGUGUCUCUGUUCGUCUACCUGGUAAACCCCAAGGGCCCUUUGAUGAUGGGGGAGUACCAGUUACAAGUCCACCUCCUCAAGAAGCCAAAGACUUCACUUAUCAGAUCACUGAGUUGUUUGAUCCCCUGACUCCAAAUGGCCCUGUUAUACAAAUUGCCGUACAACAGUUUAGUGGAUAUGCAAUGGCGGUCCGGGCUCUCUAUCUUGAUAAUGACCCCUUUUUACAAGCCUGGUAUGCAUUCCGUGGUGCAGAGCGGCAGCUACCAAAGCAUUUAUUUCCAAACGUGAUAUCUUUUCCCUACCGGGUGGACUAUGAUGAUGUUAAUGCCAUACAUAUCCAUCCUGAAAUCCUGAGAGAAGUUUAUGAAUAUUUCGUGACUUAUCAAACAACUGCGGUGGAAUUGGCUCUUGAAGAUGAAGUAAUGGAACACACUAUUGAUGGUCAGACAUACAAAGAUACCGUUUUCUUUCUCAUUGGAGAGUGCCAACGAUUCUUCGAACUGCUAGAACUCACAUGGAAUGCUUUUGCCCUUCCUCCGUCGGGUUUCCUGCUCUCGGAAAUUCCCUAUGCCAAUCUUCUGAUACACAGAUGGAGGCAUUUCUCGGAGGCCAUUGAAAAGCUCUGGCUUGCCAUCUUUGAAGAGAGGAAUGAUCUUCCAUUUGAAGUUAGCCGUGCUAGCGCAUUAAAUUCACUGAAAAAGUUGGAGGCAUUGUUUCCGGAAAUCAACUUCAAGAACGAAAGGCAAGAGUAUUGUGUUGAAGUUCUUGCCGGUUCUACGGUACAAUUGCUGAACUGCGAUUUGCCUACUAUCAAGAAGGUCCUCAUGAGGUCUGAUGGUUUCUGCGGCGAAUUCUUUGUCCAGAAGAAUGUUCAGAAGAAGAAGCGCCAUGAGAAAGCUCUGGCUAGCGAUUAGUUUAGAAGAGAGAUGCCUUCCAUCUGAAGGUAGUAGUGCUAAAGCAUUAACCAUGCUGCAGUACCUGAAGGCUUUUAAAGGGUAAUUCUUUUCAAGUAUGUUUUGGCCUGGUUCAAACUGCAGCGCCUUAACGGUCAUGUAGGGGCGUGUUGCCAUGUUCUGUAGAAUCUUAUGUAGUAGUAGUAUCCCUGACCUUGGCUGGAGUAUUCCAUCGUCAUAGACAGGUGUGUUGUUACAAUGUCCAGAGAUGGUUUUCAAUUGGUGUUUGAAUCUAUUCCAUCUUGUAUCGGAUUUGUGAAGUUUAUUUCGAAAAUAGACCCUUUAAGGUGAGGUACGAUGCAUA